AUGUCUUUUGAUCAACAAGAAUCAACACUCGAAGCCGAAAGCUCUGGUUCUGACGUGAACAACACUGCUCUUGGUGAACUAAAGGGCAAAAAAGGUAAAAAGAGUAAAAAGGGCAAACAGCAACUUACACCUGAAAUAAUUGCUGAAAAAAAGAGACAAAGAGAAUUGAAGAAACAAGAGCAGAUAAAUGAGAUGAUCAAAAAUGGAAGAGACACAUCUGAUAUCAAUGUUCCUCCUGAUUUGAGAUUUAAAAAACGACCUUUUUUGCCUGUUCACAACAGUUCAGAUGAGUGUGGUGUUUCUGUUGAAUCAAAAAAUCUUGGAAAUGGCUUCAAAAUCAAAAUUAUGACCUACAAUAUACUAGCACAGUGUUUGAUCAGAAGAAAAUUGUUUCCAACCAAUGGAUCAGCAUUGAAGUGGGUGAAAAGAUCAAAGGUUCUUUUAUCUGAAUUCCAGUACUAUAAUGCUGACGUUUUAUGUCUUCAGGAAGUUGACCAUAUUCAAUUUGAAUCAUUUUGGAAAACUGAGUUUGAAAAACUAGGCUAUAAAUCUGAAUUUUAUAGAUAUGGAAUGAAAAACCAUGGUGUUGCUAUUGUUUAUCGUGUGGAGUAUUUUACAAAAAUUGAUUUAUCAUACAUUGUAUAUGAUGAGAUUAAUACGCUCAACAUUAAGGCCAGAACAUUCACUUCUAAUAUUGGCUUAAUGAUAGCAUUGGAGUUUACGAAAAAUGUGUUGCAUAGCUUCUCUGGGACUGCAAAAAAGAAGGGGAUUAUCAUAGGAACCACUCAUUUGUUUUGGCAUCCAUUUGGUACUUAUGAAAGAACAAGACAAACGUAUAUUGUGCUAUCUCAAAUGAAGGGGUUUCUUCAUAGAGUGGCUGUGAUAAAUGUGAAAAAUCAAUCAAAUCCCAAAGAACUUGUUGAUCCGAUUGAGGUGAAAAAAGAAAAAUCUUAUUGGUUUAGUUUUUUUGCUGGAGAUUUCAAUUCUCAACCUUAUGAUACGCCAUAUUUAUUCAUAACAGAAAAACCUGUUUUGUGUAAAAAGGACUCUAAAGCAAGAAACAUCAUUUCUUGUGCAACUUCAUUUGAAUAUUCUUCAAAAAGGGGAAGUGGUGAAAGUGAAUCUAAAGAAGAAAAUGUGGAAUAUUCUGGAGAAAAUCAACCCAAAGAUACAGAUCCAGAGUUUUUCGAAGCUACAGAAGAACAGAACAAGUUGGUUGAUGAUAUGCUCAGUUUGCAUAACUCAUUGCCAGUAAGAGCAAUAAGUUUGUAUUCUGUUGCUUAUAAAAAUGUUCAUCCAGAAAAUUCUGGUAUUGACAAUAAUAAAAAUGAACCCUUUUUCAGCAACUGGGCUCAUUCUUGGAGAGGAUUACUUGAUUACAUUUUUCUUAUCAAGGACUGGGACCUAAAUUCAAAUAAGCAAAAUGUUGAUACAUUAAAGGAUUUUGAAAAUGAAAAUGAAAUGAAAAUUGUUAAUUUACUAAGAAUGCCUGAGUUUAGUGAAAUGGGUAAAGAACCAAGUGGACAACCAAGAGAAGGGCAGUAUCCAAGUGACCAUCUCUGUAUGAUAGCAGAAGUCGAGCUUAAAAUUUUUGAAUGA